CAAUCCAAAAUUAAAAGGCGAAAUGGGGAAGGGCAAACACUUAGGCUUUUUCUACUUCUCUGCGAUGCUUUCUACGAUCCCUUUCAAAAUUUUCCCGUUCGAUUCACCGGAACUUGAAGAAAUCUUCAACAUUAGAUUACAGUAAUUGAAUCUUGUUUGAUGUUCCGAUAACGGUUCUGAUGACAGCGACAGCUUUUGUCUGUCUGCCUCUCUCUCAGGUACGUGCGUGCGGCAUUUGCCACUCUUUGGCCUCCAAUCACCUUGGUCUUAGCUGAACCAAAUCUCAUUCCUUGCCAUCCCUGGUGCUUCCACCGUCGUCGUUUUCAGCCAUGUCGAGAUUUUUUGGCUAUGGAAAUGCUAGGAGGGUUGCGCAAUUCCUUCAUUCGAACUUGAAGAGUAGCUUCCAGGUAGCAAAUAAUAUUGUGGUGCGUACAAAAGUUGAGUUCCCUUACUUCCUGUAUAGGUUAUGUUCACAGUAUAAACAUUCAUUAAGAGAAGAUACUCCUUUUCCAUUUUACAAAGUAAAGGAAAGAUUAUCAAAGAGUUAUCCACCUCGGAGCUUCCAUACCCUUUCUUCUAGCUAUGUGGUUUCAGAAAAUGCACAAGUUACUUGGAAGAGGCUUUUUCAAGUAUUGUACUAUGAUGGUCCAGCUUUGACACCAAUAACUAGAAUUGCCCGUGCAGUGAGUCUGGCUUUAAGUAGGUCGAACCUGGUAGUUCCUGGUUUUAUGGCGUUCAUGAUCAGAGAGCUAGCCCGGACCCAACAGAAAUGGGCAGAAGCAGGAGACUUUUCUGCAAAGGAUACACUUUAUAUGCAAGCACAAGAUGGACAUAUUUAUUUAGCAUCUUUUAUAUUAUUCUUUUUGGAGUUUAUAAUUUUGUUAUUAAGAGCAACCUAUUUAGCGAUUUUGUUUUUACCCAGCAUAGCAAUGGCUCCCUUUGUGGAUUCUCUGGGUGUUGAAUUCAGAAAAAUGUGGCUUCAUGUUGUCCACCAUACGCUGGAAAAAGCAGGCCCAGCAUUUAUAAAAUGGGGUCAAUGGGCUGCGGCUAGGCCAGAUUUGUUUCCCAGAGAUCUUUGUGAUGUACUUGCUCAGCUUCACACAAAAGCUCCAUCACAUAGUUUCUCUUUCACAAAGAAAUCUAUUGAAAAAGCAUUUGGUCGAAAGUUAACUGAAAUCUUUGCAAAUUUUGAAGAGGAACCUUUGGCAUCUGGAAGUAUUGCUCAAGUUCAUAGAGCAACUUUGAAAUAUAGGUACCCUGGUCAACAAACCAAGCCCAUUGUAGUUGCUGUAAAGGUUCGGCAUCCAGGGGUUAGUGAAGCAAUUAGAAGAGACUUUAUGAUAAUUAAUUUUGUAGCUAAAAUUUCAAAGUUCAUCCCUACAUUGAAAUGGUUGAGAUUGGAUGAAAGUCUACAACAAUUUGCAGUUUACAUGAUGUCCCAAGUUGAUCUUGCUAGAGAAGCUGCAAACCUAAGCCGUUUUAUCUACAAUUUCCGCAGAUGGAAGGAUGUCUCAUUUCCAAAGCCGCUAUACCCCUUAGUGCACCCUGCUGUUCUGGUAGAAACUUUUGAACAUGGAGAAAGUGUUUUGCGCUAUGUUGAUGAGCUUGAAGGACAUGAGCAGAUUAAAAGUGCCCUUGCUCACAUUGGGACGCAUGCACUUUUAAAAAUGCUUUUGGUAGAUAAUUUUGUUCAUGCAGACAUGCAUCCUGGAAAUAUUCUUGUCCGUGUAAAAGAUAGGCGAUCACAUAAACACCUGUUUAGUUCAAGGCCUCAUGUUAUCUUACUUGAUGUGGGCAUGACAGCUGAACUUUCUAGGACAGAUCGAAUGAAUUUACUGGAGUUUUUUAAGGCUGUUGUUCUUCGAGAUGGUCGCAGUGCUGCUGAGUCCACACUUAGAUUAUCUAAACAGCAACAUUGUCCUAAUCCAAAGGCUUUCAUAGAGGAUGUUGAACAAUCUUUCAUUAUUUGGGAUUCCCCAGAUGGUGAAUUUGUCCAUCCAGGCAAGUGCAUACAGCAACUGCUUGAGCAUGUUAGACGUCAUAAAGUCAACAUUGAUGGAAAUGUUUGUACAGUAAUUAUUACCACCUUGGUUCUUGAGGGAUGGCAGCGGAAGCUUGAUCCUCAAUUGGACGUGAUGCGCUCGUUGCAGACAGUGCUAUUUAAAGUUGACUGGGCUGAGUCUCUACUUUACACCAUUGAAGGACUUGUGGCACCUUAAAGAGUCUGUCCAUCUCCUUUAUUUUACUGAAAGUUUUGAUAGCAAUACUAGAAAAGGGAUACAUUGACAUCUUACAAUCAUGAGGAAUAACUGUUCCUCCUUCAUGCUUGAUUUUAAACUUACUUGAUUUUCACCUACUAUUAUUUCAGUUUAGAUUUUGCUAACGAAUACUCUGAAUUUAUAGGGAAAUUGUUUCAGUUUUAGUGGCUGACCCUAUCAUUUUUCUUGUUAAUCUGCUAAUAUAAAGUACCUCAAAUGAGAAAUAAAUGAGAAAUAAAAGGUUGAUGCUAUUUUUUUUUUUUCC